AUGCGCUACAGUCCGGCGGUUGGUUUGGUCCUUGCUGUCGUGCAGGCCAAAGCAUCGCUCUUGUUCGAGCGUGCUGACACCUGCGCCAAUGUUGUUAAUAGUCCGUUCAAGGUUCUCCUCAGCGGCAAUACAGUUACUAUUGGGCUCAUCAAUACCUGCAUUUGCCACUCAGGCGUGCCAAACUUUCUCUCGACCAACAUUGUCGCCAUAGCCGCUGUGUCUGUCGCUGGUAGUCCUGCAGCGACGGCAGCCGUGUUGUCUUUGAUUGCCACGUCGAAUCCUCGGACAUGCACAUACCCAGCGCAUGCGGCAGGUUCUUGCAAGGCCGGAAAUCCUUGUAGCUUCAGUUGCUGGGACGGUUUCACACCUUCUCCAGCUACAAACCCCACUACGUGCGCCUGUGAGGCGCCAAACACGGUCUGCGAUGGAAUUUGCACGAGCCAGGCAUGCCCUAGCGGUCACCUCAUGGUCGGCAAGCGUGGCUUGUCGGCUGUGCACCUGCGCUGUCCGUACGGGCAGGCCGCUUGUGCCGUUCCAGGACGUGGUUCCAAAUCGUCUUGGGAAUGUGUCGACACGCAAAACGACCUUGAAAGCUGCGAGCUUGUCGCUGAUGGCGUUGACUGCACUGCUAUCCGAAGAGUCUCGGAUGUGUCGUGCAUUCGUGAAAGAGCAAAGAAGGUCGACUACCUACGGACUCAGGAUGGGCAUCGCUCUCUACUCAAUUGA